AUGCCAGUGAUGAAAGGGCUCCUGGCCCCUCAGAACACCUUUCUUGACACCAUCGCCAAGCGCUUUGAUGGCACACACAGUAACUUCCUGCUGGGAAAUGCUCAGGGGAGUCGCGGUUACCCCAUCGUGUACUGUUCGGAUGGGUUCUGUGAGCUCACUGGGUUUGCACGUACAGAGGUAAUGAAGAAGACAUGCACAUGUCAGUUCCUGCACGGACAGGAAACAAGCGAGAGAGUCACUCAGCAGGUGGAGAAAACCCUGGAAGGACAGCGAGAGUUCCAGACGGAGGUCCGCUAUUACAGGAAGAACGGUACCGCAUUCUGGUGUCUGCUGGACAUUGUCCCUAUUAAAAAUGAGAAAGGAGAAGUGGUUCUUUUUCUCUUAUCCUUCAAAAACAUCACUGACUUGUAUGGCAAAUCACAUCCCAGCUCCAGCACAGAAGAGGAUGGUACUCACAACAGGAAGUCCGGUAGAACUCAUCUCAGUCAAGCUCGUGAGCGUGGACGCAGCGUCCUGUACCACCUGACCUGUCAGUUCACCAACAGGAGCAAAAGGAAGCUGCCAAAUCAUGUUUUUUCACAGCCAACUCUCCCGGAAUACAAGGUGGCAUCGGUGCAGAAAUCCCGCUUCAUUUUACUUCAUUACAGCGUGUGCAAAGCAUUGUGGGACUGGUUGAUCCUCCUUGCGACAUUUUACGUGGCUGUCACUGUCCCAUACAACGUCUGCUUCUCCGCCCCUGACGACAGCGAACCUGACAACCCGGACUGUGACUCCUGCACCUCCAGAACCACCAUUGUCAGCGACAUAGCUGUGGAGAUGCUCUUCAUCCUCGAUAUCAUUCUGAAUUUCCGAACCACCUAUGUUGGGCCUGCGGGUCAGGUGGUUUAUGAUGCUCGCUCGAUCUGUUUACACUACUGUACUACCUGGUUUGUCCUGGACCUCAUCGCUGCUCUGCCCUUUGACCUGCUCUAUUUAUUCAACAUCUCAGUGACUUCCCUCGUGCACUUGUUGAAGACCGUGCGUUUGCUGCGUCUGCUGCGCUUGCUGCAGAAGCUGGAUGGUUAUUCUCAGUACAGUGCUGUGGUCCUGACACUGCUGAUGUCUGUAUUUGCCCUGCUGGCACACUGGUUGGCCUGUGUUUGGUACGUCAUUGGACGCAAAGAGCUCGCCAGCAAUGACCCCCUGACCUGGGACAUUGGUUGGCUACAGGAGUUGGGCAAGCGUCUGGAGACUCCUUACACGAAUGGUACAGUUGGCGGCCCAUCUUUGCGCAGCGCCUACAUCGCAUCGCUCUACUUCACAUUGAGCAGUCUGACUAGCGUCGGGUUCGGAAACGUCUGUGCCAACACAGACGCUGAGAAGAUCUUCUCCAUCUGUACCAUGCUUAUCGGGGCCCUGAUGCACGCAGUGGUGUUUGGAAACGUGACGGCCAUUAUCCAGCGCAUGUACUCCCGCCGUUCGCUCUACCACACGCGCAUGAAGGAUCUGAAGGACUUUAUCCGUGUGCAUCGCCUGCCCCAGCAGCUGAAGCAGCGCAUGCUAGAGUACUUCCAGACCACUUGGUCUGUCAACAAUGGCAUCAACGCCAACGAGCUUUUACAUGACUUCCCAGACGAGCUGCGGGCAGACAUCGCCAUGCACCUGAACAAAGACAUCCUGCAGCUGCCGCUCUUCUCCUCCGCCAGUAGGGGGUGCUUGCGUUCACUAUCCUUGCACAUUAAGACCUCCUUCUGUGCACCUGGAGAGUACCUCAUUCGUCAUGGAGAUGCCCUGCAUGCUCAACACUUCGUCUGCUCAGGGUCUUUAGAGGUCCUCAAGGACGGCAUGGUGCUUGCCAUACUGGGUAAGGGAGACCUGAUUGGCGCUGACCUGCCUGGGAAGGAUCAGGUGAUUAAAGCUAACGCAGAUGUAAAGGCUCUGACCUACUGUGAUCUACAGUACAUCAGCGUCAGAGCGCUGCAGGAGGUUCUGGAGCUCUACCCAGAAUAUGGCAGCCGCUUUAAUGAGGACAUACACCAUAACCUCACCUACAACCUCAGAGAGAUGCCACCCCAUGAGGAUCUGUCUCCAGCUGCAGUUCCCGCCCCAAGAAUAGACAAGAGCUUCUGCCACAGACCAGCCAAACUGCUCAUUCCCACCCUGAAUUGUGUCAGCCCACUGGACCUGAGCCCCCGUGUUGUCGAUGGCAUUGAGGAUAACGAACAUGCUUUUCACUUCAAUGUUGAGCACAGUGAGCCAUCUCCUAACACAGAGGUCAAAGACCCGUUUCAGGUUGGUGCAAACCUUCUCCUUGAGACAGAGGAGGUCAGACAGAGUCUCCGUCAACUCAAUACAGAGAUGAACCACCUGAACCAGGAAGUGUCCUCACUGACCAAGGAGCUCCACGAAAUGAUGCAAUUCCUGCAUUCGCAUGUGACCCAACCUCACUUCACUUCCUCUUUCACUCCCUUCAGCUCUUUCAGUUGUCAUACAUCAUCCAACUGUACCAACGUGGCCUCCUCGACCAGCGACUGGCCAUCCAGGCUGGCCUUUAACAUGUCUGCCGGUCCUUGCCUGCAGCCGGAGGCGUCUCGGAGAGAUUCUUUAGGAUCCAGGCACACAUGCAUUUGCAGCGGGAGCCAUACCCAGGAAAGAGGCUCCGUCUUGGGGCAGGAAGAGGACAUAGAGCUCCUCCAUCAAGCUCCCAGUCCUCACUCAACCUAUUUUCCCUGCUGCCCUGACCAGGAAAGGGUCGCCACCUUGGGUGUAGAGAGUCAGCCAAACUCAUAUCAGACUUCUAAAACUACACCCAACUCUCCUUAUCUAGGACACCAUGUUCCUCGCAAUGGCGGGUCACUCUUAGGCUUGGCGGCAUUUCCGUCCAGUGGUUUGGCUCCUCAGGUUAGGAGUGGGAGUCCUGGUAACACAUUGUCUCUGUGCACCCAUAACAUCCAGAGUCAGUCGCAUCCAUCUUUAAACGUACAAAUGACUUCUGACCUGCACACCAGGGCGCCCACACCCAUCCAUUUAUCGGUUACACCAACUGGCCCAUCAGAGCCUCUUAUAGCAGUCAGUUCACUUUUGCAUUCUGGGAUUUGUAGUUCCAGCUUGCUGCAUUUCCCCACAGGUCCGAGACAGAAUGACCUGGUGGGAUCGAGUCCUGUUCACACACUUGAGCCCAUCGUUUCAUCUAAUGGAGAGAAACAGGGGAAACCAGGACCUGCUGAGGAGCGACACAAUGACUGAGCCAUCGCUGAGCAGGAGUGAUGGACAUAUUAAGAGUAUUCUAACAUACUCUUUGUCUGCUGCAUGGAUAAUGCCCCCAUUUUAACCAAAUGCAAUGCAUUGUGGGAGCCGUGUAUGUGGGUUAUGCUAGAUACGCACGAUAAUGUGCAGAACCGUGCCUAUUGUUUCAAAAUCGCCUCUUUUUUGAUUUGAGUAGGACUUAAAGGUCUAUGAGUCAUGCUUAAUUGUAUUUAGGUUAAAUCUGUUUCCACUGGUUGGAUUUAUUUUACUCCAUAUGGCUUGAUUUUACAUUGGCAGUUGUACAGUGCAGGUUUUGUAUAAUACGGUGUCCCUUAGGACUGAGUCAUAGAUUACGAAGAGCCAGAAUUUACAGGCUGUUAUCACACGGCAUCUUUUUCAAAGCCUCAUUUUAAAACACUUUUUUAAAAUGAGACCUAAUUUCAUGAUUUUGUAACAGAAGAUUAAUCGCAUUUUAUUUCCAUUUUCAAGUGUGUUAAAGGGAUGGUUCACACAAAAAUCUAAAU